AUGGCUUCCGAGGCUCCCACUGUCGCCGGCUCCUCUGCCGACAGCCUGACGCCCGCCCAGCGUCUGGCCGAAAAGCACGACGAUCACAAGCCCUCGGUUGAGGAGGUUGUCGACGAAGAAGACCUCCUCCACCCUCCUCCUUCUGCCUCUGCCUCUGCCACGGCCUCGUCGUCCGCUGGUCCCUCGACCGCCGUACCCACUCCGGCUCCCGAGUCCGCCCCCGCCCCUGCCCCCAAGAAGCCUUCAGUCCUCGACACUCAGUCCGAGGAGCUGUUCCCCUCUCUCGGUGCUUCCAAGUCUCGCCCUUCUGCUGGUCCUUCGCCCUGGUCCAAGAAGCCUGCUGCUGUCGCUAACGCCAAUGGCCUUCGUAACGGUCAGGUCGCCAACAACGCUCCCUCGCGCAACUCGGCUCCUGCUUCGGGCCUCGCUGCUCCCGCCUCGUCCAAUGCUGGUUUCCGUGGUGUCUCUCUCCCCGGCCGCCACACCGAGCAGAUCUCUUUUGCUCCCUCUCAACUCGCUCAGUCAAAAGACCUCAAGAAGCCCGUCUCGGAGAUUCUCCGCGACAUCAACAAGCGCUCCAAGGCCAAGGUUGAAAUGAGUCAGGGCGCUGGCGGUGCCUACACAUUCAGAGCCACCGGUAGUACCCCGAACGAAGUUCGCGAGACUUUGAAGGAGGUUGCCCGUCAGCUUGGUUCCAGACAAAGCGUCAAGGUCCCCGUCCCACUGUCCGUUCGCCCCCACAUCAUCGGUCGCGGUGGCGCCAACAUCACCGCCCUCAGCCAGAAGACUGGUGCUAAGAUCCAGGUUCCUCGCCAGGACGACAUUGACAUGGCCGACGACGAUGACUCUGCUACCAUUGAUGUCCUCAUCGAGGGAGAUGCUGUCGCCGCCGAGCUGGCUCGCCGCGAGAUUGAGAAGAUCGUCAACGAGCGCACCUCGUCCAUGAACCUGCGCCUCAAGGACAUUCCCGCAGAGUUCUACCCCUUCCUUGCCGGUGCCCACAACUCCCGUGUUGGUGAGCUCGAGAACGGCCGCGACCUUAGAGUCCAGAUUCCUCACUACCACACCUGGGUCGAGCAAGCUCCUCCUCAGUCCGCUGCGUACCGUCAGCCUCCUUCCUUUGUGCCUCAGGCUAGUCUGCCUAUCCAGAUCGCUGGCGACCGCUUGGCUGCCAACGAGGCCCGCGCACAGCUUGAACGUCAGGUUGAGCAGCUCAGACGCGAGCUCGUCUCCGACCAGGUUGCCAUCGAGCGUGGACGUCACCAGUUCAUUGUCGGUGACAGAGGCACUUCUCUCCACGACUUCCUUGCCGAGACUGGCUGUGCCGUCAUCCUGCCCCCGGAUUCAGAGGACGACGAGAAUUUGACCAUUGUUGGUCCUGCUGACAGACUCGAUGAGGGUCUGAACAAGGUCAUGGAGCUUGCUUCCAGCAUGGCCAUGGCUAGCGUCGAUAUUUCUCGCUCCUUCCCCAACGCACCUCUGGGUGCUCAGGCACACGCUCGUAACGUCACCAAAUAUCUCCAGCAGAGACGCGCAAUCCAGGAGCUUGAGAGCCUGUACAACGCUCGUAUUGUCGCCAGCACUGCCCGCAAUGGUCCGACUGCUUGGGAGGUCUACUCGCGUGAUGGCAAGAACACCAUGAAGGCUCGCUCUGACAUCAUGAACCUUAUCAGCGGCCACCCUCCCACCCGUCUCAACCCCGUUCAGGUCCACCCCUUCUACCACCAGCACUUGCGCCAGUCAGCUGGUCCUCAGAUGCGCGAUCAGUUUGGUGUGCACAUGGUUGUCCCUGAAGAUUCUGACAGCGACGAUGAGAUCCUGCUCGUCUACGAAGGCCCUUCUUCGGCUGCUGACUACCAGCUGCCCAAACGCCAACCUGCCGCUAACGAGGCUCAAGACUUUGAGCGUGCCCUGAAGGAGGCUCAACAGCAUCUUCUUGGUCUGAUCAGCGGCCAGCAGGAUAUCGUCUCUCGCGAUGUUGACGCUCCUUCCAAGUUCCACGACAAGAUCAGAAGACAUGUUGAUCGUGAGCAGUCCAACAUUCCCUCGGGCCAGAUCCCUGUUCAGGUUCUCUUCGGCGGUCAAGCCGCUCGCAAGGCCCCUGCUCAAGGUUUCUCCGUCCGUGGUCCCAGUGAUCGCGCUGAUGCACUUGUUGAAAGCUUGCUUGCUUUCAUCGAGCAAGAGAAGCAGGAUGAGCUUGAGCGCGGUUUCACUCUUACUUUCGACUUCCCUCAGAAGUUUGCCAACAUUUUGAUUGGCAAGAAGGGCGAGAACAUUAGAAAGCUCCGUGAAGAGUUCGAUGUCGACAUCCAGGUCAAUGAUGGCAAGGUCGAGCUUAAGGGCCCUCAGGCUAAGGCCAACGCCUGUAAAGCACACAUCCUUGCACUUGGAAAGAAGCUCGAAGACGAGGCUACACACGUUCUCAAGGUCAAGCCCCAAUACCACAAAGAUCUAAUUGGCACAAAGGGCAGCAUGGUCAACCGUCUCCAAGACCGAUACAACGUCAGAAUUAAUUUCCCUCGCUCCAACAACACCGAGGGCGACGACACUGCUGAGGGCGAGACAUCUCGCAAGUCAAACCAAGCUCCCGAUGAGGUCAUUAUCAAGGGUCCCAAGAGAGGUGCCGAUGAGGCUAGAGAUGAACUUCUCAACCUCCUCCAGUACACCAUGGACACUUCUCACACUGCCACUGUCUCUGUACAACAGAGCCAGCUGCCCUCUUUGAUCGGAUCUGGAGGCCGCGAGCUUGAUGCUCUUCGUCUCGCUACUGGCGCCCACGUCGAUGUGCCUAACAACCGCGAGGUUGCCGAUGCUUCAGGACGCGUCGAGGUCAAGAUCAAGGGUUCUAAGAAGGCUGUUGAAGAUGCCAAGAAGCAGAUCGAGGAAGCCGCUAAGGUCUACGACUCCACUGUGACUCGUACUCUCGACAUUGAGAAGAAGCACCACCGCAAUAUCAUUGGUGGUGGUGGCGCCAACAUCCGCAACAUUGUCAUCCAGGCAGGCGGUCCCGAUGAUAGACAAAAGCUGGCCCGUAUGGUACGCUUCCCUCGUGCUGAGGCCGAGGGCAACACUAUCCGCGUCGAGGCCAACCAGUCUAUUGCCGACAAGAUCAUCGAAGCCAUCCAGGCACAGGUUUCUGAGCUCGAGAGCCAAACUACACAGAUUAUUGAGAUCUCUCCCGAGAAGCACCCUAAGCUGAUCGGCCGUGGUGGUGACAUUAGAAAGAAGAUCGAGUCUGAGUUUGGUGUACAGCUCGAUAUCCCCAGACAGUCUGUCACAGGUGCAGAUCGUUCCAAGGUCAAGCUCGUUGGCCGCGCCGAGAACAUCGAGAAGGCCAAAGAGCACAUCGCCACUCUCAUCAAGGACGCUGAGAGUACCGACAUCCAGGUUCCUCUCAAGUUCCACCACGCCAUCGCUGAUAAUGGACAAUUCUUCCGUCGUCUCCGUAGCGAUCUCAAGGUUUCGGUCGAUCACAAGGGACAGCGCCCGCCUCAGCGCCCCGAGGCGUUGUCUACCCGUAAGGCUAGCUCUGGCAUGCCUUUGAUUACAGAUGAUGCCACUGCUGGUGCAUCUGACGACAAUGUUUCCUGGGUCGUUCACAACCUUCACGAGAGCGCCCCCGAAGGCGAUAUCAUCUGGGCUUUGUCGGGGGCUUCCACCGAGAGCCUCGAGAAGGCCAGCGCUCGUGUCAAGAAGGCUCUUGCCGACGCUGAGAAGCUGACCCACGCUGGCUUCCUCGUUCUUCCCGACCCCAGCUCUUACAGAAGAGUCGUAGGUCCUCAGGGCAGCACCAUCAACGACAUCCGUACCAAGACUGGCACCAAGAUCCAGGUUCCCAAGGCUCAGAGCGGCGACGAGGCCAUUGAGAUUACUGGUACUCAGGACGGUGUGGAGAACGCCAAGGAGAUGAUCCUCAACGCCAUUCAAGGUUAA